CUUUCGGCUGAGCCUAAGUAGUGCACUUCAGGGGAAGAGACUACCCGGCGCGUGGUUUCAUUAUAGAUUUUAGUGCCCGAGGAAAAAGUUCUAGAUUUGAUACUAGAGACAGAAGCAAAAAAACUAAUAUUCGAGUGCGUGAAGUGGUUCGACGGGAUUACUUUGUUUGGGAGUGUUUUGUCAGCCAAAUUUUCUACUAGGGAAAAAAAUAAGUUGGACAGUUGUUAGUUUCGGCGAAGCAGGAUAUGCGACGGUCAAGGAAAUAAACAGCAUUGCCGCAGUGUUCUCACAGUGACGUGAUCGUUUAACGGAAGUGGACCUAGUUCAAAUAUCGGUGACUUAUUCAGUCCAGGACGAAAAGUUGACGGUGUUUGUUUCUACAUUUGCCAGUCCGAAGUUAACCAGUGAAAGUUUUGGAAAUUUUUUCGUUCGAGUGUAUCAACACAAGCCAGACCCGUUCUCGCAAGCAAGGUCGAGUGGCACAGCCUACUACGGACCAAUAAAAAGAUGGAUCUCAUAAACAACUUCUACGGUGGUUGGCGGCACCUAAUGGACGACCUGUCCGACCCCCGAACCAAAGACUGGCCCCUGAUGAGUUCACCGUUUCCCACCAUUGCCAUCAGUUUGUCCUACGCAUAUUUCGUUAAGGUCCUUGGUCCCCGAUUAAUGGAAAACCGAAAGCCGUUCGAACUGCGACGGGUGCUGAUCGUGUACAACGCCAUCCAAGUGGUGUUCAGUGCGUGGCUCUUCAGUGAGGCCUGCCUGGCUGGUUGGUUAACCCAUUAUAGCUACCGAUGUCAACCGGUGGACUACUCCCGAUCACCGAUGGCUAUGCGGAUGGCAUCCGGUUGCUGGUGGUACUUCUUCUCCAAGUUCACGGAAUUCUUCGAUACGCUGUUCUUCGUCAUGCGAAAACGCUACGAUCAGGUUUCGACACUGCACGUGAUCCAUCACGGUAUCAUGCCGGUUUCGGUAUGGUGGGGAGUUAAGUUCACCCCAGGUGGCCACAGUUCCUUCUUCGGCCUGCUGAACACAUUCGUGCACAUCGUGAUGUACGGCUAUUACCUGCUGGCUGCCAUGGGUCCCAAGGUUCAGAAGUAUCUCUGGUGGAAGAAGUAUCUCACUCUGCUGCAGAUGGUACAAUUCGUGCUGGUGAUGCUGCAUGCCUUCCAACUGCUGGUCUCGAACGAGUGCAACUAUCCGAUCGCAUUCGCUUACUUCAUCGGAGCUCACGCGGUUAUGUUCUACUUCCUGUUUUCCAACUUUUACAAACGGGCCUACGCGACACGGAAGCAAAAGGAAAAGGAGGACCAACUGCUGCUCAACAACGGAAAUCUGGAAUCGGAGCCAAACAAGAACAUCGAACCGCACCUAUCCACCUACCAGACGGCGAACGGAAAAACCAGCUUCUACCAGGCCGUGGGAAAAACGGUCGAGGAUAGCUACUCGACCACACGGCACCGGGUUUACGUCGGUUCGAUUAACAACUAAGUCUAACGUCCCAACGAUGGGUUUCUCCAUUUCUUUCUGUUCCCUGUUGCGUGUGUUUGUAGGCAGCGGAUUAGCUAUAGUUGUUCAAAUUCAAAAUCACCAGUACUUGAAGCAGGAGGAUCCGUAGACCACUCCCUAGUUUUAAAUUCUUCUCAUAGCAGAAAAAAAACAAGUACUGUUAUAGGCACUAGGUUUCUUCUUCAUAUAAAUGCAAUUUAACCGAACUUAGAUGGAGUCUAGCCACUUGGUAUUGUAGUUUUUUCUUUGUUGUUGUUAAAGCACACACCCAAACUAAUGAGAACAAUUGUGUUAAUUUUUACGACGGCUAAAAAUAAUGCAAGUUGCAAGUUUCGCGACGAUCCAAACCCUAGUUCUGGUCAAAGGGAGGAACACAUCUUUUCUCCUUCGGUUUUGUGUUCCUGCCGAGAGAGACACACAGAAAGGAUCCUCCUCCUAUUUCCCUACGCGAAACAUCCGUUCCUUAGGUCACAUAGGAAUUGCGUUUUCUACCCCCGCCCCUGGCAUCCGUCUCUUUCCAACUUCUGUAGCGUAUAGUAAUUUAACUAGCCUGUAAGAAAGAUGUAAGAGACUUGUAAAUAGCCGAUUAAUAAGUAAUGAUAGCAAUGUUCACGUAUACUUUGAAGUGUUCCCAAGCACAAUGCAAGACAGAACAUAAUGUUUAGCAUAUUUAACGACGGUUCGUACCCCGUAUGUGUAGGUUAAGCCAAAACUAAUAGAUCGAUACUGGAUCGAUGAUAGAAUCUAAACUGCAUUGUUGAAAAAAAAAAAACGCGAACGGUUGUAACAAAGCAAGAACAUGAAAUGUGAUUUGUUUUAAAAGUAAUAACGAGCUUUCUCUUGCUUGAAACAUGUUUUAUUUGAAAGAUCAGUUGAAAAUGCGGAACAGGCUCUUUUGUCGAUCCACGCUCGGAAACAAAACCCCCAUUCGAUACUACGAUUGAAUGCGAGUAGUAUCCGGGUUCAGAUGACAAAAUUUUUCUAGGUUAUCAAUUCAGAUGUUAUAAACAGAAAUUGCACUCUAAUUACUAGGUUUAUUGUAGGAUAAAGUUGAUGAACACUGUGAAGAAUUUUUUUGACAACAAAAACAUAGUGCAAUAAAUGUUAUAUCAGUAAAACUUUGAA